UUCUUUCCUUUGCUUUCACGUAUUCAGCCUCCAGGUUUCUUCAAGUUAUAUAACACUCCAUUUGGCCCAAAUCUUAUUGGGCUUAGCUCUGUUCUAAAAGUCUAAACCCGAGACACAGAGAGAGCCCACAGAACAGAAAAAAAGUUAUCACAAAGCCGACAGGACCCGUUAACGUGUUUGUGAACUGUGUCUUCUUCUGAGUCUUCUAUGAUUCUUUGAUUUGAGCUCUGAGAAACUAGGCUGUAGCUGGUUGAAAAAUCAGGAGGUGGGUUAUGGCAGAGGAAACCCAUGUGGCAGAGCCAGCAAAGGCUCAGAAUAAGAGGCGGGUAGGGAAGAAGGGAGGCUCUAAGGGAAAGAAAAGACCAAGAAUGUUAGAGGGUAUGCCACAAAACAAGCCUAAGAAGAUUGAUAGGAAAAUGAAGAAACUUUAUCGGAAGAGGGCAAGAGAUUACAAUUCAGAUGGAGAUGAUAAUGAUGAGGAUGAGGAGGAGGAGGAGAGAGAUGUGGGCAGUGGUGGUGAAUCUGAAAAAGAGGAAGAAGAAGAAGAAGAAGAGGGUUUGCAUGUUAAUGGGGAUGGUGGGAAUUCUGAUGAGGGUGAGGAAUCUGGCAGAAUUCAACCCGGAAUCACCAUGUUUGUGGAGGGUUCUAGAGCAUUCAAGAUGGCGUUCAGGAGUAUUAUCAAGAAGAGUGUGCCUGAGGAUGCACUUGGUCCGGUGUUGUCAGCACACAAGAAGCUCAUUGCGGAGAAGCUUGCGGAAGAGGAGGCCGAACGAAAAGUCAAGGGGGAGGCUAAGAAGGAAAAACAAUUAUUGGCAGAAAAGGGACAUGUGAAACCUGCGAAUUAUUUGGAUUCAAACGAAAAGUUUCUGAUAGGGGUUGCUACAAAAGGAGUGGUCAAGUUGUUUAAUGCUGUCAACAAGGCACAACAUGCUCAGAAAGGUUUGGAUCCUUUGAGAUAUAAAGAUGCAAAAGCAAUAAGGAAGCGGAGGAAAGAAGCCUUCUUCUCAGCGUUGGGCAAGACAUCAAAGCCAGCAGUUGACACUCCUGAUAAGGGUCAUACAUCUAAAGGCGAGGUGGACGGCGAAGGCCCAGCCUGGGCUCCAUUGCGUGACAAUUACAUGUUAACAAAUUCUAAGUUGAAGGAUUGGGAUAAGAUGCCGGAAACCACUGCAGCUGAUGACUUUGGAAGGAUGUCAGAAGAUAGUAGUUCAGAUGGUGAUUAAUGUUAGUAAACUCAACAAGGGGCACUAAGAUAAUUGGUAGUGUUUGUCAGGACACUAAGAUAACUGAAAUUUUGUUCUCGUGUUAUUAGUUAUCACUGCACAGAAAGUUAACUCAUGCUCUGUAAUGUGUUUUAUUUAUCAAUGAUCAUAUGAAUGAAUGCUUUAGGCAAUA